UCGCAGAGCAAGGGAUGGUUUUCCCAUUUUAACAACAUGAAGUUACUCCCUGCAGCACUGCCUUUGGUCCUGCUGGUCACUCUGCGGUUUUCCUCCGCUGUGAGUCCCACAGACUGCAAUGAUGCUGAGCCUGUGGCUCGGAAGGCUCUAGACCUGAUCAAUAAAGGACGACGGGAUGGUUACCUCUUCCAGUUGCUGCGGGUCGCUGAUGCCCACUUGGACAAAGCGGAAUCCAUAGCGGUCUAUUAUUUAGUCUUGGACGUGAAAGAAUCUGACUGCCCGGUCCUAAGCAGGAAACACUGGGAUGACUGUGAGCUAGAUUUUUCUAGACGUCCAUCUGACAUAGUGAUCGGACAGUGUAAGGUGAUAGCUACAACAUGUUUGGAUGAAUCUCAGGAUCUCAGAGUGAAUGACUUUAACUGCACCACAAGUUCUGUCUCCUCGGCACUGGCCAACACUAAAGACAGUCCAGUACUCUUUGAUUUCUUUGAGGACACUGAGCUCUACAGAGAAGAAGCUGACAAAGCUCUGGAGAAGUACAAAAAGGAGAAUAGUGACUUUGCCUCUUUCAGAGUGGACCAAGUGAAGAGAGUUUCAAGAGCGAGAGGAGAAGAGAGAACCAAUUACUACGUGGACUUCUCAGUGAGGAACUGCUCCAGAUACCACUUUCCAGGGUACUUUCAUGUCUUUGGAUUCUGCAGAGCGUAUUUAUCCUAUGAUGCAGAAGCCUUUGACUUGGCACCCCAAAACAUUGUCAUAAACUGUGAAGUCUUCAACCCUAAGGAGCACCAUUUGGGCCAUCCCCUCCACUCUGGUGAGCAUGAACAUCCUCCUGCUGACAGGCCUCCAUUUAAGCCUGGUGGACCUAGAGGUCACCGUCAUCCCUGUAAGCCACAUGAAUUUGGAUGCCCACCUCCUCUAGAAGGCAAAAGUCACUCAGGCAGACCACCAUUUCCAGCAGGACCUCCUCCACCAUUUCCAGCAGGACCUCCUCCACCAUUUCCCCCUCCAGGGUUAAGAUGCCGUCACCCUUACUUUGGCACCAAUGGGGCCCAUGGACCCCCUCAUAAUUAUAGUUCAAGUGAGCAUCAUCCCUAUGGACACCGUCCCCAUGGACACCAUCCCCAUGGACACCACCCCCAUGGACACCAUCCCCAUGGACACCGUCCCCAUGGACACCAUCCCCAUGGACACCAUCCCCAUGGCCAUGAUUUCCAUGACCAUGGACCCUGUGACCCACCACCCCAUAACCAAGGUCCCAAAGACCACCAUCGUCGUGGCCCACCACCUAGGCACUCAGGAGAAAGAGGUCCAGGUAAAGGACAUUUUCCCUUCCAUUGGAGACAAAUUGGAUAUGUUCACCGACUCCCUCCACUAAAGACAGGUGAAGUUCUUCCUCUUCCCGGAGCCAAUUUUCCCAGCUUCUCAUUGCCAAACCACAAUAAUCCCCUACAACCAGAGAUUCAGCCCUUUCCUCAAUCAGCCUCUGAAUCAUGUCCAGGGACAUUCAACAAUGAAUUUCUACACAUCUCAAAGUUUUUUGCAUAUACAUCUCUAAAAUAAAAUCUGAUGUCCUUGAUUGGGGCAAAAUGAAUCAUGUUCUGAAUUAGAACCAUAAAUAAAAUGUGACCAG